CGCUUUUGCCUCCUCCGUCUACACCCGAGCAGCCGGCCAGCACCCAGUCGUCCUCCACUCAGAAUGUCUUUGCCCAACUCAGAGAACGCCUCCACCCUGGAGAGCGCCAUGCAGCUCAUGAUCCAGACCUUCCACAAGUACUCCGGAAACGAGGGCGACAAGUACACGCUGAGCAGGGCCGAGCUCAAAGAGAUGCUGACCGCCGAGCUGGGCAACUACCUGGGGAACGCCCAGGACAGGGAGGCGGUGGACAAGGUCAUGGGAGACCUGGACUCCAACAACGACGGCGAGGUAGAUUUCACCGAGUUCAUCAUCCUGGUCGGAGCGCUCACCGUGGCCUGCAACGACUUCUUCCUGGAGUACAACGAAAAGCAAGAGAAGAAGAAGUGAGGGCGUCCUCGGCGAACGCACAUCUGCGCGUGCUCCAGGGAGGCAGGAGGGAUCUGCCGCGGAAACAACAAAUACGCAACAAACGCAGCAGUCACUCUGAGCAGUAAAUGUUGAGUCGUCUGCAUAUUUGUCCGAUCCAAUUCCACUUGAAAUGUGAAACUUAGUUUUGUGAAUAUCUGUCUUUUAUCUUUUUUUUUUUUUCUUUUCAUGCAUUUUGUUACAAACUUAAAGAAUUCUCCCCUGGAAAGAAUAAAUGUGACCUUUACUCAAA